UCCACCCAUACGGCCUCCUCUCUGAACACCUCCACACCCUCACACGUACUCUUUGCCAUGCAGGAGGUGUAACCCUCCAUCCUCUUCUUCUUUUGUGCACCAUCGGAGGAGACAUAAAACAGAAGAAAAACAGAAAUCCCAACCUGUAACCAGUCAAGAUGUCAGACCCUGAUCCCUCCUCGCCGGCAGACGCACCGCUGCCACUCACCUCCCCCCGAACAUCCCUGCAGCUCUCCUUCCCCUUCCUGAGGGAGGGCAGUCGGGUUUGGGAGAGAGAGAGGAAACCGCCUCAGCCAGGAGAGCUGCCCAGCCCGCUGCCCACCAAACGCACCCGCACAUACUCAGCGACAGUGCGAGCUAAAUCAGGUCCAGUAUUCAAAGGGGUGUGUAAAAACUUCUCCAGGUCUCAGGGUCAUGGAUUCAUACGCCCCUCUCGCGGAGGAGAGGACAUCUUUGUCCACAUCUCUGACAUUGAGGGAGAGUACGUGCCUAUGGAAGGGGACGAGGUCACGUACAAGGUGUGCCCCAUCCCGCCCAAGAAUCAGAAGAUCCAGGCUGUCGACGUGGUGAUCACCCACCUGAAUCCGGGCACCAAGCACGAGACCUGGUCAGGUCAGAUCAUCAGCUCCUAGACCAGCGCUCCAGGUUGCGAGGCUGCAAAGGCAAAGGGGGAUUUGGAUUUAAUUUUAAGUGUAAUGUUUUCAGGGUGUGAGGUUUGGGACCAGGUCUUGGGAAUAAGGACUGGAGCUGGGUGUAGCAUGGGGCUUGGUUGGUUAUGGGGGUUUGUGAACAUUUGCGUAUAACGGUUAGGUUUGGAAAUCAAGCUUUGAAUGUAUUUGGUUGAAUGUUUUCCUUUGAAGGUCAUUGUUUCAUCAUUUGGUUUGAAUGUUUUAUUUUCGGGUUUAAAAGUUUGGGUUUGAAGGUUAGAGUUCAGGGCUUGGCAUUAGCAUUUUUAAUUUGACCUAGAGAAUAUAUUUCAGUUUGGAAAUCAGUGGUUCUUAACGAAGCAAUGUCUUCAAUGAGAUAGGAUGGUGAAGAGGCCGAAUCACAUUUUGAGCAAAUUUGGCCCAAUUUAGCGAUAUUGGCACUCCAUGGGCACACCACAUAUGGGAGAAUUUAAGGGGCCAGCCUUAAUCCCCCUUUUAUUUUCACUCAUUUUACAACUAAGCAAAGCACUGAGAACAAUGAUGUGCCAUCACUGCCAAAAGUCAUGUGACAAACAUCUGAUUGAAAAAUGUACAAUUUAGCCAUAUUGUGUCUGUUUACAACAGCAGAUGGAGAUGGUUGCCUCGCAUAAGAACAUCUAAUCAAAAGGAAAUGAAAGAAAAUUACAUUUGUAACAACACUUUCUUUUGUUUAUGAUCAGGCUUGGCUUAGAAGGAGCAGCUGCUUAGAUCUGCUUUCAUCUCACUGCCUUCAGAAAAUUGAAACAUUUUCAAGGUGGUCUGACAUAACACAAAACCCUGCUAGUGCAUGUCUGCCAAAUGACAACAGCGAACGCAGUUGCAGUGGAAAAUAAGCUUGAAAAAGAUCCAAAUUGCUCUUAAUGGCCUCGGCCUCAGGAGCUCUGAUGAGCUCUACAUAUAAGGAAUUACUUUCCUUCUUAAUAUUGUAGCACUACUGUAUUUUGUCUACUUGGCAAAUGUAGAAAUCCAGUAUUAUUGUAGCCAGCUCCUAUGACGGUCUUAAGUUUUGGUGGUAGAGACAGUAGCUGGAUGUUGUGUGGGCCUGCCACUGAAAAACCAGGCCAGAGGGUUUGGGGAAGGAAAGCAGAGAAGGAGAAAGGUCAGGGAAAGGGCAGAGGAUGGAGUGAUUAGCUGUAGAUGUAGCCUACUAGAGCACAUACAGUUUGAUUUGCAAUGUUACAAAGCAAGUGUAAGAAGGAACUAUGAUUAAAGUCAGCAGUUAUCAAACUAUGGGUUAUCAGAUAACUUGAUAACAAAUAAGAAUUAGCUUUGGGAAGUACGCUUAUUCGCUGUCUUGCAGAGUUAGAUGAGAAGAUACCACACUUUAUAUCUGUAUGCUAAAUAUGUAGCUGCAGCCUGCACCCUGUUAGCUUAGUUUAGCGAAAAGACUGCAAACAGGGAAACAGCUAGCCUGACUCUGUCUGAAGGUUACAAAAAGCACCUACCAGCACCUCUAAGACUCAGUAAUACACGUUUUAUCUCACUUAUUUAAUCAUACAAAAAAUGUGUAAAUAACAGUCUCUAUGCAAAGCUAAACUAACUUGCGGCUAGCUGUACCUUCAUAUUUAGCGUACAGACAUGAGAGUGGUAUUGUUCUUUUCAUCUAACUCUCUGCAACAAAAUGGAUAGAUAAGUGUAUUUCCCAAAAUGCUAAACAAUUUCUUGAAUUCAUUCACAAACUUUAUCAUUAAAAAGAUAAAGUUUAAAUGGCCGGAUUUGUCUCACGUUUCCUAUCGCUGUGAUAAAUGACUCCCUCUUGUGAAAUACUGUAUUUGCAGCCUUGAGGCUCUUAUUUUUCUUAAUGUCAAUCAAGUAAAAUAGAAGGAAAAAAAGGAAUCACCCUGUCACAUUUUGAAGAGGAGGGUCAAGCUGAGGAUGUUUGAACUGCUUAUUUUUUAGAUAAAAGGUUGAACAUGGGGGAGUCCAAUAAGUUUCAUACAAAUGACUGUGAAUAAAAAAAAACAGAUCAGCAAAAGCUUCCUGAUGUAAGUUUAAAAAGACUAUUUAUUUAUUGACUUAUUUAUUUUCAUUUGUAACUAUGAGACCAUCAGGUUCUUGGUAAUUAAAAGCUGCAUUUAUAAGUAUUUGUGCAAAUUUAAGCCUAUUGCACACCUCACUCUUAUGAUACUACCCUGUUAAUAUCCCUUUGCUAACAUCAUGACAUCACUGACAGGCAUAAAAAAAAAACUUUCCGAACACAAGUGUCUAAUUUCUGCAUAAUCCUUGUCUAAUUUUUGAUAACCAUGUGAUGUUCAAAAUAACAAGCAGUUUUGUUGUUUUGGAAAUCAGCAUGUUCUGUACCGUUUGUCGUAAUUUUUUACGUAGAAUGCUUUGAUUCUGUUUCAUCAUGCAGUAACACAGUUGGAGCUGUUACAGAGGUGUUGUCAGGUCUCCUGUGCAUCUUUCUCACCAUGAGUGUGACUUAACAUUAUAGUAGCGCAUUGUAUCUGUUUGGUUUCUUUACUGUGAGAGAAUCAGAUCUGAUUGAGUUCCCAAGCACCUUCAUUUUUGUCUAAUCACUGUGACACUGUCUUGUCAUUAAG